CACUUAUGUACAUGCACAUAAUAUUGCAUACUUCAGAGGCGGCUUCUAGGACCUACUGAAGUUUAUCCUCUAGCAGUCCAUGGACUCCACGGACUCCAACGGAAGAAUGCAGACAAUCAAAUGCGUGGUUGUAGGAGAUGGGGCUGUAGGUAAGACCUGCCUCCUCAUCAGUUACACAACGAAUGCCUUUCCUGAGGAGUAUAUCCCCACUGUCUUUGACAACUAUAGUGCCCAGACAUCUGUGGAUGGCCAGAUCGUCAGCCUGAACCUGUGGGACACAGCUGGCCAAGAGGAGUAUGACCGACUGCGAACGCUGUCCUACCCCCAGACCAAUAUCUUUGUCAUUUGUUUUUCCAUUGGCAACCCAUCCUCGUAUGCCAAUGUGAGGCAUAAGUGGCACCCCGAGGUCUCCCAUCAUUGUCCCAAUGUGCCUGUCUUGCUGGUAGGUACCAAGAGAGACCUGCGGAAUGACACUGAGACAGUGAAGAAGCUGAAGGAACAGAGCCUAGUGCCCACAACUCCUCAGCAAGGCACUUCCCUGGCUAAGCAGGUGGGGGCUGUGAAGUAUCUAGAAUGUUCAGCCCUGAUGCAGGAUGGGGUACACGAGGUAUUUUCAGAAGCUGUUCGGGCUGUGCUUUACCCUGCCACAAAGAAGAACACCAAGAAGUGUGUCCUUUUAUAGCUUUUGGGGUGCUACUUGGAGACUGCACCUAAGGGGGAAUGAGAGGGAUUCCUUUGAUAGCAUUGAACAAACAAUGCCA